AUGAAGAAGGUCAACACUAAGAUGACUCCAAACUAUUACCUUCAGAGACUCAGAAUCCCAGAAAUAGAGGAAGCAGCAGUAACAAUGCUCAACGACAACAUUCAACCAAAUGAAAAUAACAACGUCGAUAUGGAACACAAUAAAUUAAAGAAUGCAGUAGAAACAGUAAAGAAGGAAAUAUUGAAACCGGACAAAAUAUAG